AUGGCCUACCCAAGCCAUUCGCCAACAAAGGUUGAAGAACCCAAGACUUCCAGCAAAGAGGUUGAUAUGGGAGACAAUGCGAGUAGCUCAGACGAAGAGCCAAGCCGAUUGGUCAUGGAGAGUGACUAUGAUGACUCUGACAUGAGGAUUGAGAGAGACGACGGCAUCUCUCGAGUAGAGACAGGGAAAGAGAAGCAAUUACAAGAUGGUCGCUCGACUUUGGACCGCGUAUUGAGUCGAACUUCGGCCGCAGACAAAGACCCUGGACCCCCUCCAGAUGGCGGAUUUUGGGCAUGGGCGUCCGCAAUUGCCGGACAUAUUAUGAUGUUGAACUCAUGGGGAUACAACAGUUCGUUUGGCGUCUUCCAGACCUACUACACCACCCAUCUCCCCAAUCCUGCAAGCCAGAUCUCCUGGAUUGGCUCAGUCCAGAUCUCCGCCCUAUUCUUUAUCGGCACAUUCGCCGGCCGCUUGACUGACGCCGGAUACUUUCGUGCUACCUUUGCCGCGGGCACGUUCCUGACCCUCUUGGGUGUCUUCAUGACUUCACUCAGCACGACCUUCUGGCAACUCCUCCUCGCGCAAGGCCUAUGCACUGGACUUGGCAAUGGUCUUAUGUUUACCCCUAGUCUUGCUGUCGUUUCGACAUAUUUUAAGAGACGUCGAGCCCUUGCGUUUGGUAUCACCGCCACCGGAAGUGCCACAGGUGGAUUAAUAUUUCCUUCAAUGGCGAGACAGCUUCUUGGUAAGAUUGGGAUUGCAUGGACUGUCAGGGCGAUGGGCUUGGUACAGCUGGUAACAUUGAUCCUGGCGAAUUUGCUCUUGAGGCCCAGGAUACCACCAAGAAAGUCGGGUCCCUGGGUUGACUUUGUGUCCUUCAAAGAGAAAGGGUACCUGUUCUUCGCCAUUGGUAUCUUCUUUACCUUCUGGGGAACCUUUUUCCCGUUCUACUACCUUGCUUCCUUUGCAGUUUCGCAAUUGGACAAGCCCUUGGAAUACUCGGACGCCUUGAACCUUUUGCUCGUCGUCAACGGCGUGGGCAUUAUCGGCCGCUCACUUCCCAACGCCGUCGCACACCAUUUCGGAAGCAUUACAUGCCUCGUACCCGUGACGCUCAUCUCCGCAGUCUGCCUCUUCUCUUGGCCCGGUGUGUCCACAUUGGGAGGGCUGUACGCCUGGGCUAGCAUCUAUGGCAUUGUUGCUGGAGCAUCUAUGAGCCUGUUCCCACCAGCUUUGUCGGAUCUGACGACUGACGUUAGUAAAACGGGUGUCCGAAUGGGCAUGAUCUUCACGACUAAUAGCAUCGCGACUCUUACUGGGCCACCGAUUGCUGGGAUCAUUAUCAGGCAGGCCGGGGGCCAUUACCUGGGUGCACAAAUCUUUGCUGGCGCAUCUCUCUUCCUGGGAAGCUUGUUUAUAUUCAUGGCAAAGCGCUCAUGCUGA